AAACUGUCCACCCUUUCGGAGCCACAUGAUUACAUUCGUAGAGUAUCUCUGAAUAAAACCGUAGAUGAAGCUUUGAGGAUCCUAAUUGAGGCGUCUUUAUUGCCUAAGCGUGUGUGUAUUCUUCCUUUGUUCUUUCUAUGUAACGACAUUUGUUGUAGGUGAGGAAUCAUCUUCUUUGAAACUCAUUUGGUUAACUGCUUCCAGUUUGUUGUCAAAAGACACGAGUCGUUUAACAGGCCUUUUUGUAAAUUCUGAGUGCGUUUAUAGCGAGCGAGCUUUUGCUAUUAACAGUUCCUUCAUCAUAAAAAGUCAGCCCGUCAACUCAGGGAUUUUAUUACAGAUACCUUUAUCAAACUUCAGAUAUUCUGUCCACUAAACGGAUUUUUGUUCAUACGCAGAAUCUAUGUAGAGGUUUUUGUUCCGGUAACUUGCUCGCUGUACUUUAAACAAAUGAAACGCCACGAGGAGAACAGAUUAUUAUUCGUGAAAUUGUCGAUGCAGCAAUUCCUUUCUCAAGCCGUUUUUUAAACUGACAAAGUAACGUUUGGUGUUUGUUGAUGUGAGGACAUGAAAGCGUGGCGAAAGGUUUGCCUAUUCCUUUUCUCGUCCCUUGAGAGGUCAGUGGAUAAUGUUUAAUCAGAAAAACGGCUGGGAGUGAUCUGAGCUCGGUGAAGAGUGUUUGCAAAUAUCUUCGAGCGACCAGUCGGCGUGUGGGCCCAUAUAUCUGGCUCAACAUGGGCGGUGUGAAGGUGCCCACACCUAUUUUCUUCACCUUAGCUGCUGGCCUCGUGUUGGGCAUGGUCUACAUUCACAGGUUUACAGUGAUUCCCUUGGCGAGUCACGUGAUCAGUAAUGUCCCGGGUGUCUCUGUCGACCCAGCACAGACCAGACAAACAGCUGCCAUGACGAUGACGUCAGAUAUGCCCAGCAAUAGAAGCAGACGACAGCAGCUCCUCCUCAUUACAUAUGGCCGCAGCGGUUCAUCAUUCACGUCUGCUCUGAUCAGAGCACAUCCGGGCGUUUUUUAUUUCUUCGAGCCUCUCUAUCGUAUCUACUUACAACAUUCAGCACAUGAAAAAUCUGGAUUUUCGGUCUGGGGAGAAAAUCGCCACGAGGAAUCACAGGCCCUGAUGGAGUCCUUUCUCCAGUGUGAUCUUCACAACGCCACGGAUAUGGACAACGUGCAGAACAAGAACAGUAACGACACAAAGGACACUUACAUCUGUCUAGCGAGCCGGUCUCGAGGAUGGAAACACCUGUCGUGCUUCAUGAAGAUGGUGGAGACGUGCCAGUCUCGCGACAUGACCUUUGUCAAGUCCAUUCGCUUCCGGGUUGCAUGGGCUGAAGCGCUAUUGGAGAAAUAUCCUGAUUUCAAGAUGCUCUAUCUACUCAGGGAUCCCCGCGCGGUACUCUUCUCACAAUCCAAAGUCUUCAAAACCUUCGACUGGAAAAAUGACGUCAGCUCCGUGUCGAAGAAACAUUGCCAGGCUCUUACCGAAGAUAUAGACCACUUUCGACGAUUGAGAGAAAAAUACCCAACAAGGGUCAAAGCCAUACGCUACGAAGACGGCGCCAUGAAUCCUCAGCGAUACGCAAAGGAAAUCUACAGCUUUGUGGGUCUAGAGUUUUCAUCCGAAGCCCAGCGUUUAGUUGGGACACUGACGUCAUCAAAUAAUGCGAAGAAAGGUCGUGAACAAUAUUCAGUAUUCCGGAAGGAGCCAGAACUAGCUAUGAGAAAAUGGCGGUUUUCAGCCGGGUACAAGAGUGUUUCUGUUGUUGACAGUAAAUGCAGUCAUUUGUACCCAGUGCUAGGAUACCGAAACGUGACGUCACAGAAAGACUUGGAAUCUAACGUUACCGUUGUGUUAAAACCUGAUUCUGAAAAAGGGAUAUUCUGAUGCCUGUUCAUGACGUGUAUGUUUCAUAGAUGAAAGGGUUAGUAGGAUUAUGAAUGUGUGAGAAGUGAUAACAAUAGCGGUGUGAUAGUGUGCCGAGACUGCAGUCUUUUAGAAUACACUAGAGGUAGCAUGUUAGUUAAGAGGGGUGUAUAUUCUGUUAUCAGGAACGUUUUAAGUGCUAGACUUUCUUUCUGUUCUUUAAAGUCGUAUCAGCUGAGUAGAGGUUGAAUAGCUGUUUGUACAAAGUCAUACAGCAGCAAACAAUGGUCAAUAAUUGAGUAGAUUUUGAAGAGUUUGAAACGUGUAUAACAUGUUGCAGGAAUCGUCAACUUGCUUGUCGUGGUGGGUUUUGGCGUAUGGUGUGUGGUUGGGGG